AUGUCUUCUGAUCUCGCCGACGUUGGUCUUAUCGGUUUGGCCGUUAUGGGUCAAAACUUGAUCCUUAACAUGAACGACAAAGGAUUCAAGGUUUGUGCUUAUAACCGAACCACCUCAAAAGUCGACCAUUUCCUUGCCAACGAGGCUAAGGGAACCAACAUCAUCGGUGCCCACUCUAUCCAAGAACUCUGCUCCAAACUCCAAAGACCUAGAAGAAUCAUCUUACUCGUUAAGGCCGGUCAAGCCGUUGACGAUUUCAUCGCUCAACUCGAACCUUACCUCGAAAAGGGUGAUAUCAUCAUUGACGGUGGUAACUCCCACUACCCCGAUUCCAUCCGAAGAACCCACGAACUCGAAGCCAAGGGUCUCUUGUUCGUCGGUUCAGGUGUCUCCGGUGGUGAGGAAGGUGCUAGAAAUGGUCCUUCUUUGAUGCCUGGUGGUUCCGAUGCCGCCUGGCCUCACAUCAAGGAAAUCUUCCAAAAAACCGCUGCUCAAGCUCAAGGUGAACCUUGUUGUGACUGGGUCGGUGAGACCGGUUCAGGACACUACGUCAAGAUGGUCCACAACGGUAUCGAAUACGGAGAUAUGCAAUUGAUCGCCGAGGCUUACGAUAUCCUCAAGAGAGGUCUUGACCUCGACGAAGCUGAGAUCGCUGAUAUCUUCGAGAAGUGGAACACCGGUGUCCUCGACUCUUUCCUUAUCGAAAUCACCAAAGAUAUCCUCAAAUUCAACGAUACCGACGGUGUCCCCAUGGUCCGAAAGAUCCUCGACAAGGCCGGUCAAAAAGGUACCGGUAAAUGGACUGCCAUCGAUGCUCUCGACAACGGUAUGCCAGUAACCCUUAUCGGUGAAGCCGUGUUCGCUCGAUGUCUCUCUGCCGUCAAGGACGAGCGAGUAAGAGCUUCCAAGAUCAUCGCUGCUCCUGAGAGACAACCAUUCCAAGGUGACAAGCAACAAUUCAUCGAUGACCUCGAGCAAGCUCUUUACGCUUCCAAGAUCAUCUCUUACGCUCAAGGAUUCAUGCUUAUGAGAGAGGCCGCCAAGGUCAACAACUGGCACUUGAACAAUGCCGGUAUCGCCGCCAUGUGGAGAGGUGGAUGUAUCAUCAAAUCCGUUUUCCUUUCCGAUAUCACCGCCGCUUACCGAGAGAACCCAGAAUUGGAGAACUUGUUGGUCUCUCCCUUCUUCUUGAACGCCUUGGCCAAGGCUCAACCAGGAUGGAGACGAGUGAUCGCUCAAUCUACCCUCUGGGGUAUCCCCAUCCCCGCUUUCACCACUGCUCUCUCGUUCUUCGAUGGAUACAGGACUGAAACCCUCCCUGCCAACCUUAUCCAAGCUCAACGAGACUUCUUCGGUGCUCACACUUUCCGAGUCGUUCCUGGAUACGGUAACGAUCACCUCAAAGAAGGUGAAGAUGUUCACGUUAAAUGGACUGCUACUUCCGGUAACGUCUCUUCCUCCACUUACAACGCUUAA